CCCCCCCCCAAUAUUCAUCGCCAAAUAUUCACAUAACCGCCCUUGACCUUUUCCUGAAAACACAACAAAGAUGUCCACCCCUAAACAGACACCACCAGCCAAACUCCUGAUCCAGAUGUCCGGUGCGCCCGGCUCUGGCAAAAGCACGGUAGCAAGACUGCUCAGGCCGUGCAUCGGCGGCGUUAUAGUCGACCACGACGUCCUCAGGUCCAGCCUUCUCGAAUCAGCCAUCAUCCCGUUCGACGAUGCGGCCAAGCAGGCCUACCUCCUCCAGUGGAAGCUGGCCAAGGACUUCAUGAUGAAUCAGGGCCUCAGCGUCAUUACCGACAGCACCUGCAACUACCCCGAGGUCCUCGAGCAAGGUACCGCUCUGGCGGUCCAACACGGCUACGCCUACUGGUACGUUGAGUGCAAGGUCGGCGACGUCGACCUGCUGGACAAGCGCCUGCGCGCCCGCCCUGCUAUGGCGAGCCAGCGAUCCGCCGUCGACUGUCCGCCUGCCGCAGCGCAGGGGAACGGGAUUCGCGUGGACGAGGACGCGCGCGCGCUCUUCGCCAAGUGGAUCGAUAGCCCUUGUCGCCCCAACGACGACCAUGUCAUCACCUUCGAUUCCACGGGCAGCCCGGAGAUGCUUUGCGAGCAGAUUUUGAAGAAGAUUUUCUCGACUAGCUGAGCCACACUCGACUGAGCGAAGUUCUGGCCGGAUCACAACGAAAGGAGGGACGGGGGGAGUGGAAGACGCGAAGAAAAAAGGGGGGCGGCAUUGACACUCAAAGAAUGCCUUGCCUCCUCACCUCCUCGAACUCCCCCCUGCGCCUUGGCGAGAGCUGCCUUGUUCUCCGCCAAGAUGUGUUGAUCGGGCAGGUGGUCACAUUGAUGCCAUUGGGCGCGACCGUGAUCAGCUCUCCAGGAUCUCGUACGAGAUAUGGCCUCCUCUGCUUCCUAGAUAGACCUACACUUCCCCUUCUAUUUUGUAACCUGCAGGCGCUCUGGCCGAUGACAUGGCUGAGCUGGAGCUGGAGCUUGGAGCCCCUGCAUCUUGGGCAUCCUUCAGUAGCUGAAAUGUUGGAAAUAGCAUCACUCUGUCGAAUAGGGGGUCGGGAUGAGGAAAAGGGGU